AUGACUCUACGUCAGACCCUGCGAGAAUUUGUCAUUCCUCUAGAAACUCAGGAGGAAAACCAAAAAGACAAAAAAGGCAAAACUUCCACUAAAAAACCACAGCAAAAAUACGGACAGCUAAGACGCAUUCGGAGUCAGAGGUAUAAAAAAAGCGCAAAGAAAACUCAGACAUGGAAGACCUUUUCCGAAAACAACGACACCAAAAAGAAACCUAAGGGUCUGCGUAACGUCCCAGCAGUGGAAAUCGAGCCAGGAGAAGAACUAGUCAACUUGGGCAAAUCCAUCCUACGUUCACGGCGGCAACUCAUGCAGCGGGCACCGGCUCGCAAACCUCCGGCCGAACCCCAGAGUAUCUUUACCGAACAAGACUUCAAGAAGUUUGAGGCUGAUCCACAGAAGUUCUUCUGUUCCUGA